AUGUCGGACCCCUUCAAACCAAACUCUUUCAAGCGCAAGAAUGCCAAAAACCUCACAUUGAACAAGGCUCCAGCCAGAGCUCCGAACCCCUCAGACGGCGAUGCACAAAUACCCGGGGCUAUUGGAAAUUCAGAGAGCAACAGGACAGACACUCUGGAGAUUGGUCUGGAGUUUAAGCUUGACCUACGAAGCGAAGAUUUGAUUUUUGAAAAAGAACUCGGCGCAGGCAAUGGAGGAACCGUCAGCAAAGUCUCGCAUGCAUCGACCAAAGUGGUCAUGGCAAGGAAGAUCAUUCGAUUGGAUGCCAAAGAGAAUGUUCGCAAGCAGAUCGUGAGAGAAUUACAGGUCGGACACGAUUGCAACUCACCAUAUGUCAUAACAUUCUACGGUGCUUUUCAGAAUGAUGCAAGAGAUAUUGUGCUUUGUAUGGAAUACAUGGACUGUGGCUCUCUUGACAGGAUAUCGAAAGACUUUGGCCCUGUUCGCGUAAAUGUGCUGGGAAAGAUCACUGAAUCCAUUCUCGCAGGCCUGGUUUAUCUUUGGGAAGCACACCGUAUUAUGCACCGAGACAUCAAACCAUCUAAUGUGCUCGUCAAUUCUAGGGGCAGUAUCAAACUCUGUGACUUUGGUGUGGCGACGGAGACAGUCAACUCUAUUGCGAACACUUUCGUAGGGACUUCAACUUAUAUGGCCCCCGAGCGGAUACAGGGUGGAGCAUAUUCAGUCACUUCGGACGUUUGGAGUGUUGGACUGACGGUCAUGCAAUUGGCCAUCGGACGUUUUCCUUUCGAUAGCAAUGAGUCUGCUGCUGGAGACAGAGCUAGCGCCGGUCCGAUGGGUAUUCUCGACCUGUUGCAGACCAUUGUCCAUGAGCCAGCUCCGAAGCUCCCACAAAGCGAAGCCUUCCCAAUUAUCUUGCAUGAAUUUGUUGCCAAGUGUCUGUUGAAAAAUCCAGAAGAACGACCCACCCCCCGACAGUUAUACGACAAAGACCUCUUCCUUCAGGCUGCGAAGCGUACGCCAGUUGACAUCGAGGAAUGGGCCGUCUCCAUGAUGGAGAGAAAUAACCGGAAGUCCUACUUGGAACCGCCAGCUCCCAGAGCACUCAAUCGUGAUGGCUCGCGGGACUCUUUUGUCGGCCAUGCUCCGGAACAUCAUCCUGCAAGCAACAACGUUUCCUACGCUAACUCAAACAACCACAAUGCACCUUCGACUGGUCCCAAUUCUGGUUCAAGUGGUGAUACGCAGUCUACCAGGACAACUUCGACUCCUACAUCUCAGUCAGGUGAAAUUCCGGUUAUCGCAACGCAAUCACCGCCGCCAAAUUCCUUCACAACAAGCAUGUCACCCCGAUCACCCACCCCUCCACUUAGCCUAGAACACUUGAGUCUCGAGACGCAAGACAAGAGUAUGCUCAAUCCUUAUUCAGCACGCAGCAACAGACUUGGUUUCGGCAACCGAGACAACAUUCCUGAGCCUGCUUCUGCUGUCGAACCAACAACUAGACCGUUUUUUCCGCCUCGGAUGCAUAGCGCAAGCGCCCUUUCAGCAGGCUCUGGUUUUAGCCCGCGUAAUGGGCUACAAUCUGCCACUAUGCCGAGACGAACUGCCCCUCCUGCAGGCGGGCCACCGAGUGGACCGUUACCACCACCCCCAGGGAAAGAAGCCAAGAGCAUUGAUUUCGGUAGUCCGAGGAGACAGAGAUGA